AUGGAGGCACCAACGCCGAGAUCAAGAGACAUGACGGCACGGUGGCUGUUCUUGUUUCUUCUCGGUGUCGCCGGCAGCGCGGUUCUUCAAGUCCAUGGGCAGGCCGAUAGCUUAGGUUUCAUAAGCAUAGACUGCGGUCUUCCGGGGAAAACGGGCUACAUAGACAGCACCACCAAGCUCUCCUACGCCACAGACGCCGGCUUCACUAACACCGGCACCAACCACAACAUCUCGGCCGAGUAUGUCACACCGACGACGGGCAAGAUCUGGCGCAGCGUGCGCAGCUUCCCCGAUGGCCUGCGAAACUGCUACACACUCCGCUCCCUCGUGCCGGGGCUCAAGUAUCUCAUCCGGGCGCUAUUCAAGCACGGCAACUACGACGGGCGCCUCAACAGGUGGCCCAUCUUCGACAUCCACAUAGGCGUCAACUAUUGGCAGACCGUGAACAUCACAGACGGUGACAUGCCUGUAAUCGCCGAGAUCAUCACCGUCAUCUCUGGUGACUCCGUUCAAGUGUGCCUCGUCAACACUGGCUCUGGGACGCCGUUCAUCUCCAGCCUCGAGCUGAGGCCUCUCAAGAACAAGCUCUACCCACAAUCAGAUAUGUCUCAGGCGCUGGUUCUUGCCACCAGGGCCAAUGUCGGCGCAAGCGCGAACCUUAGGUACCCAGACGAUCCACACGACCGUAUAUGGAUCUCAUUGAACGUGCCAUCCUGGAUGGCGAUCUCAACCACUAAGGAGGUGCAGAACAGUGUCAUUGACUUUUUUGAGGUGCCGUCGACCGUGACACAGACCGGAGUCACGUCCAUCAACUCCUCCACGCCCAUCAUUUUCUUCUGGGACGUAACCAGCGCCAAAGAUUCAAUGCCCGGGUAUGUUUUCAUGUUAUACAUGGCAGAGCUGCAACACCUUCCCAGCAACGCCCUCCGCCAAUUCUACGUCAAGCUCAAUGACAAGCCCUGGGACACGAAACCUCGCGGCCUGAAGUACCUCGAGACGACCGUACUCUAUAACGAAAAACCCGACUAUGCCUCCCAACAAUACAUCUUCUCAUUGGAGGCCACAACCAACUCCACGCUCCCGCCAAUCCUCAACGCUUUGGAGAUCUUUUCGGUCGUCCCCACCACUGGCUUAGCCACCACCACUCAUGAAAUUUCUGCCAUGACAACCAUCAGAGACAUGUACCAGAUGAAAAAGAACUGGAUGGGUGAUCCGUGCGCCCCCAAGAAUUUUGCGUGGAACGGAUUGCAUUGUGGCUAUGCUGUUUCUAGGCCACCAACUAUCACAGGCUUGAAUUUAUCUUCCAGUGGUCUGAGUGGCAACAUCUCAUCUUCUUUCGCAAGUCUCAAAGGUUUACAAUACUUGGAUUUGUCAGGUAACAAUCUGAUGGGCUCCAUUCCCGACACCCUUUCGCAGUUGUCGUCCCUCACACUUCUAGAUUUGACAGGCAAUCAACUCAGUGGAUCAAUUCCUUCCGGGCUGCUGAAGAGAACUCAAGAUGACUCCCUAACACUUAGAUAUGGUAAUAAUCCAAACCUUUGCAGUAAUGGCAACUCAUGUCAGCCUCCGAAAAAGAAGCCCAGAUCUAUGGUUGUUGUCCAUAUAGUUGUUCCCAUAUUUGUAGUACUGAUAAUUGUGCUUCUGUCUAUACUACUCCUUUGCAUGCGAAAGAGAAGGCAAGGAACAACAACAAAUAGUGUCAGGCCACAGAACGAGUCUAUUGACAACUAUGGACACACCUCGUUGCGACUCGAAAGUCGCCGAUUUACGUACAGUGAAUUAGAGGUCAUCACGAAUGGCUUCCAACGAGUGGUGGGCCGAGGAGGAUUUGGGAAAGUCUAUGAUGGCUUCUUGGAGGAUGGCACCCAAGUGGCUGUCAAACUGCGGUCUGAAUCUUCCAACCAAGGCGUACAAGAAUUCCUCGCAGAGGCUCAGAGCUUGGCUAAAAUUCAUCAUAAGAAUCUUGUGUCAAUGUUUGGCUACUGCAAGGAGAGAGAGUACAUGGUUCUUGUGUACGAGUACAUGUCUGAAGGAGCCCUGGACGAACAUCUUAGAGGUAAAGACAACAACACUAGAACUUUAUCCUGGAGACAGAGGCUUCUAAUUGCCCUAGAAUCUGCCCAAGGGCUUGAGUAUCUGCACAAGGGGUGCAAUCCACCCCUCAUUCACAGGGACGUGAAGACGUCCAACAUUUUGCUAAAUACAAAUUUGGAGGCAAAAAUCGCCGAUUUCGGAUUGCUCAAGGCUUUCAAUAACGACAGUGAUACCCAUGUUUCCACGGCCAGGGUGGUUGGCACACCCGUCUAUGUUGACCCCGAGUACUACGCCACGUUUCAGCUGACCAGCAAGAGUGACGUGUUUAGCUUCGGUGUAGUGCUACUGGAAAUAGUCACAGGGCAACCACCCAUCCCAAAUGACCCUGAGCCGACGAGUAUCAUCCAGUGGGCACGUCAACGCCUUGCCCGUGGCAAUAUUGAGGCCGUAGUGGACAUACACAUGCACGGUGACCACGACGUAAACAGCGUAUGGAAAGUUGCGGAUACUGCCCUGAAAUGCACCGCACAGGCGCCGGAGCAACGACCCACAAUGACUGACGUCGUGGCUUUGCUGCAUGAGUGCCUUGAGCUUGAGGAUGCGCGUAACCACAUGAAUGCAAGGUUCUACACUGCCGGGAGCGACACUAACUUGAACAAUUAUAGUCAAUACGACACUGGCAUGUCCACGGAUGUGAGCCAAAGCAGGACUGCAUUAGAGGCGGAGCAUUUCGAUAGAGUACCAAGAAUGUCUGAUGGUCCAGCUGUGAGGUGA